GCAAGAUGUCCGCGUUCAUUUGAAAAGGAGUGUUUAUUAUCGAUGAGUUCCCUCUUCUCUGUGUUCGUAUGUCGAUUUUUAAAUAAUGCAACAUAUAAAAGAAACCGGAAUCAUAUAAAGAAAAGACAAGGACUCCGAGCCAAGAGCCAUACAAUUUGUUAUUAACAGAAAUAAUGCUGAUAUCGGGAACUCAUGUCGAACGUCUAUGAAGAGAGAGCCACAAUGAUAGCCGCUGGGGAACUGCAGUCGUUUGUCCCGUUCGGUCGUGAGCACUGCAAAAAUCACCCGAACGCCGUUAACAUCCAGCUGCGACAGCUGCAGCCUGCGUCUGAGUUGUGGUCCUCAGAUGGCGCGGCUGGGCUCGUGGGGUCCCUUCAAGAGGUCACUCUUCAUGAGAGAGAGAAGGAAUCCUGGCAGCUUAGAAAGGGUUCAGACGGCGCUGGUGAUGAAAUUGAGUUCGAGGAGGAGCUUUAUGUGGCUGGCAACAUGGUUAUCUGGAGCCGAGGAACCAAAGGCCAAGCCUCCUGUGUCUACAAGGCCUUUACUGUGGACAGCACAGUGCAGCAGGCUUUGUGGUGCAACUUCAGAGUUCCACAAAAUAAAAAGUCCUUGAAAGAGAUUGUGGAGCACACAGUCUGCAUCGCUCAGGACACGUGUGUGAACGUUCACAGUGUGAGCGGGAAAGACUUCAUCGCUCCCCUUCCCUUCCAGGUCUCCACGCUGUGGCCCACCAUCUUUGGGCUCCUGCUGGAGCGCAAAAACCUCGCCUCGGAUGUUCCCAUGAGCCCCCCCAGCAGAGAGCCUCUGCCCACACUCUUCAGCAUGCUGCACCCCCUGGAUGAGAUCGCCCCUCUGGUGUGCAGGACUACAGCCAUGUUUGACCUUCCUCGCAUCCAGUAUGUGUCGGACAGCACGAUGAGGGUGGUGUUCACCUCCUGCGACCCCUCCAUCAUCAUGACCUACGACACCGUGCAGUGCACACACACCGUGUGGCUGCUGCGCAAAGUCACUGUGGAGGAGCAGUCGGUGCUGCUGAAGUGCCCCGAGCCCGGACCAGGAACAGGUGCUGCCAGCUUCCUGGGCGCACACCUGCGCAACGUCUCUCCUCUGGACUCGCCCGCCUCGCCACUGCACUGCCACACCCUGCACAACCAGAGCCGCCUGGCGGCCUCGCCCAGCCUGCACUCCCGCGCCCACUCCCCUGGCAUAUCCAACAUGGCCGCCCUCAGCCGUUCCCACAACCCCGGCAUCGCGGCGCCAUCCUUCUGCGGUGCCCAGCGCUUCAACGUGUCGUGCCACUCGCCGUCGCCCCGCGGGCACAGCCUGCUGGCGUCGCCCAACAGCACCAUGAACGAGUCGGCGCUGCUGCCCGAGAGGGAGCCCAUCAUCCCCGACCUGUGCAUCGAGCAGCUGUGGAGCGAGCCCCCGCCCUCGCACAGGGACAAGAGCUGCCAGACGUCCAAAGUGUUCAUCACCUCGGACCUGUGUGAGAACAAGUACCUGUGUUUCCUGGUGGAGUCUCAUCAGGAGCUCAGAUGUGUGAAAUUCCUGGAAACGAACCAUCCACCCCAACUCCUCUUUGUGUCCGUCUCCACUAUUGCAGCCAAGAAUGCCGCACCUUUGCAGGACCGUGACUGCAUGCUUAUCCUGGAGGUCACGGGGAACCUGGUCUUGUACACCGGAGUCACACGGGUCAGCAAGGUGUUUGUGCCGGGACUGUUGCCGCCGUCGCUCAGCGUGAUCAGCUGCCUGCCCCCCCACUGCAGCUCCAUGGACAGCGUCAGCACCCCGGCCAAGGCCUCCACCCGGCCCCUCAGCAACCUGGACGAGAUUGGGGUGAUGCCCUCUCCUGUGGUGGACGGCAUGGGCGCGCUCAAGCACCACCACGAGCUGUCCUGGGUGGACGACUGCAACUUCCAGCAGUCCGUGCCCCACGUGCACACACUCCGAGACUCCGUCAGCAGCAGAGUUACUCUGGAGCUGAGCAAUGGCUCCAUGCAGAGGAUCACCGUUCCCGAGAUCGCCACGUCGGAGCUCGUGAGACGAUGCCUGCAGGCCAUCCGCUUCAUCCUGCCCAAGGACACGGCCAUGAAGGUGCUGGUCAAGUGGUACAACACGUACAACGCCCCCGGAGGUCCCAGCACACACCAGGAGUGGAACCUGUUCCUCUCCUGCUUCAUGACCAUGAUGGGCUACCACACCGACCGGCUGACGUGGACCCGCAAUCUCCAUUUUGAAGUGCCCCUCUCCCCUGUCGCUCCGAAGAAGGCUAGACCUGCCGACACGGGCUCAGACGAGGACUGGGACUACCUGCGCAGCUCGGACUACCACUGGCAGCUGUCCAUGCAGCACGUGGCGGGCGUGCCGGGGCUGGGCGCUCUGGCGCCCUCUGGUGCGCGGGAGGAGCAGAUGUCGGUGCUGAGCGUGGACUCGUCGGCGCCUCUGUUCCAGCACAUCCCGUCCCUGUUCGCCGUGCUGCACCUGCUCUACGAGGACCUGAAGCUGGACGAGCUGCAGAGGAGCGGCGCGCGCUCACUAGUCGGCCUCCUGCAGCAGAUGGCCAGAGACCUGCAGCUGGAGGAGUACAUUGAUCUGUACUGGCGCGAUUACCCCUCGUUCAUCAAAACGUUCCAUGAGUCCUGCGUGAUCGACCAGGCCCAGCUGGAGCAGAUGACACGGCCCUCGUUCCUGACGCCGGAGCCCCCCUGUGUGUUCAGCUGGCUGCGCCACUGCCUGAGGGGGGAGGAGGUGGCGCCCUUCCCCUACCUGCCCGGCAUCUGCGAGAGGACCAAGCUGCUGGUGCUGAGCUACGCGCUGUACGUGGCUGGAGACGAGAAUGCGGUGUCGGACAACGUCUCUAAAUACCUGGCCAAGAUCUCUGCGGGGCAGAAGAAGAACAUCUGCGAUCAAAUUCCUGAAAUCAGGAGGCAGAGCAGCGUGAAGUUUGAGGCCCCGCAGGGGAACCUGGCUGAGAGGCUGAUGGAGUGGCUGACCUCUGCAGGGUUCACUCUGAAGGACCUCGAGUCGGUACCGUUCGGGGCGGCCCUGCCAAUCAGAGAUGCCAUCUACCAGUGCCGAGAGCACCCGUGCUCUGAUUGGUCCGAAGAGGUUUGUGCUCUUAUUGGCCGACAGGACCUGACCAAACAGGCACACAAAGUGACCCCUAGCAAGGCCAAAACGUCGGUAGGCCUGGGGGGCGAGAUGCUGGACGUGCCGGUGCCGAGCGAGGCGGACGACGAGGAGGACGGCAUGGCGGACCUGGACCCCGCGGUGACCGCGCUGAUCUGGAGCCAGGACCUGCGCGUACAGGAAGUGAGGCGUCUGCUGCAGAGCUCACGUCCUGUCCGCGUCAACGUGCCCCAGCUGCCCGAGGUCAGCGACCACGAGUACAUCGAGGAGAAGGAGAACAAACUCCUGCUGCUGUGCCAACGCACCAUGGCACUGCCCGUUGGCAGAGGCCUCUUCACCCUGUUCUCCUACCGGCCCGUGCCCACGGAACCCCUGCCCGUGCCCAAGCUCAACCUCACGGGUCGGGCGCCUCCUCGUAACACCAUGGUGGACCUGAGCAGUGGGAACAUCGACGUGCCGGCCAACAUGACCAGCUGGGCGAGCUUCCACAACGGAGUGGCGGCGGGGCUGAAGAUCGCUCCCGCCUCGCAGGUGGAGUCGGCCUGGAUCGCCUACAACAAGCCCAAGAGCGCCGAGCUGGCCAACGAGUACGCCGGCUUCCUUAUGGCACUCGGCCUCAACGGACAUCUCACCAAGCUGGCCACGCUCAACAUCCACGACUACCUCACCAAGGGCCACGAGAUGACCAGCAUCGGCCUGCUCCUGGGUGUCUCCGCGGCUAAGCUGGGCACCAUGGACAUGUCCAUCACGCGGCUGCUCAGCAUCCACAUCCCGGCGCUGUUGCCGCCCACCUCCACCGAGCUGGACGUGCCGCACAGCGUGCAGGUGGCCGCCGUGGUGGGCAUCGGCCUCGUCUACCAGGGCACCGGGCACCGCCACAACGCAGAGGUGCUGCUCGCCGAGAUAGGUCGACCCCCGGGCCCUGAGAUGGAGUACUGCACCGACCGGGAGUCCUACUCGCUGGCCGCAGGCCUGGCUCUGGGCAUGGUGUGCCUUGGGCAUGGAAGUAACCUGAUCGGCAUGACUGACCUGAACGUGCCCGAGCAGCUCUACCAGUACAUGGUGGGGGGGCACCGGCGCACCCACGCUGGCAUCAACAGGGAGCGGCACAAGUCCCCCAGCUACCAGAUCAAGGAAGGGGACACGAUCAACGUGGAUGUUACCUGCCCAGGUGCUACCCUGGCCUUGGCCAUGAUCUAUUUGAAAACCAACAACAGGUCAAUUGCUGAUUGGCUGAGAGCUCCAGACACCAUGUUCCUGCUGGACUUCAUUAAGCCAGAGUUCUUGCUCCUGAGGACGCUGGCCCGCUGCAUCAUCAUGUGGGAUGAGAUCCUGCCCAACGCUGAGUGGGUGGGCAGCAAUGUGCCCCAGAUCAUCCAGGAAAACAUCGGCACUGGUGAAGAGGUGCAAGUCUCGCAGGACCUGAACAUGGAGACCUUGGCUCAAGCCCACGACUACAUCAUCGCUGGAGCCUGCAUGGCUGUGGGCUUCAGAUUCGCCGGCUCUGCCAACUCUGAUGCCUUUGACUGCCUGUACAAGUAUGCCAGGAUGUUCAUGCAGUCUCUGAAGGCCUCAGCUGCCACCAUUACGGGCCACUACAACGUGCAGACGUGCCUGAGCAUGGUGCUGCUGGCGGUGUCCAUGGUGAUGGCGGGCUCGGGCGACCUGAAGGUGCUGCAGCUCUGCCGCUUCCUGCACAAGCGCGUCGGCACGGAGAUGAACUACGGCUUCCACAUGGCCCACCACAUGGCCCUCGGCCUGCUCUUCCUCGGGGGCGGGAGGUACACCCUAAGCACGUCCAACUCUGCCAUCGCUGCGCUGCUCUGUGCGCUCUACCCCCACUUCCCCGUCCACAGCACAGACAACCGAUACCACCUCCAGGCCCUACGGCACCUUGGGGUCCUGGCUGCAGAGCCGCGUCUCCUGGUGCCGAUGGACGUGGACACUCUGAAGCCCUGCCACGUCUUACUGGACGUCACCUACAAGGACUCUAAAUGGUAUGAUGAGGUGACUGUUGAGUUGAUGGCGCCAACCUUGUUGCCAGAGUUACACCUUCUUAAAGAGGUUCGAGUCAAGGGGCCUCGCUACUGGGAACUCACCAUCGACAUGAGCAAAGGCAUUCAGCAUCUCCAGUCCAUUCUCUCCAGGGACGGGGUUCUGUACGUGAAGCUACGGGCGGGCCAGCUGCCCUACAAAGACGACCCGCUGGGUCUGAACAGUCUUCUGGCACCCAAUCCCGACGUAAGCUCCUUUAAGCCUCAGGCCAUCUCGGCCUUCACCUCCGACGCGGCCUUGCUCUCCUUCGCCGAGUACUUCUGCCAAGCCUCGUCUGGCACUGCUGCCAAACACAAGCAGGCAUUAUUCUCCGCCAUCCUGUACGAGUGUGUGACUCAGGAGAACCCCGAGAUGCUGUCCACCUACAUGGCCAUCGAUCAGGCGGUGUGUGCGAUGGAGCGGAAGGAGGUGAGCGAGACCUUCUCGCUGGGCCAGAUGAAGCUGGUUCUGGAGCUGUGCGAGAGCCGCGUGAUGCAGCAUCGGCUGACCGCACCGCCGCCGGUGUCCCACAGGAAGGGCCGAGGGCGCGGCCGCGGCCUGCUGCUGAGCUCCGAGUUCCUGCCCGUCAUGAAGAGCGCCGCCGACUCCGACCUCGACCGCUGGUUGGCUGGUAACAGCCACGUCCUGCGGUCCUACAUGAUUGGCGAGCCUCUUGAUGAAGACACGGACACCAACAUGCUGGCCUGCUUCCUCAUCUACCACUCCCUCCCUAGCCUCAAGAAAAUGGCCUCCGCCCACCUCGAAGAGAGCGCAUCGUUCCCGGAGCUGCUGGUGAAGAGUGGUCAGCUGGGAGUGUCGGUUCGGGCCGUGCUCAGUCUGAGGGCUCUACUGCUGGGCUCCGACGGUGCCGGCAUCCCUCAGCCGAUGCGCUGACCCCCACCUGCCCAACCCCACCUGCCCAAACCUACCUGCCCAAACCUACCUGCCCAAACCUACCUGCCCAACCCCCACCUGCCCAACCCCCACCUGCCCGACCCUCCCGUUUCCUUCUAGACUAACGCCACCUGCCCAACCCCACCUGCCCAAACCUACCUGCCCAACCCUCCCAUUUCCUUCUAGACUAAUGCCACCUGCCCAAACCUACCUGCCCAACCCUCCCGUUUCCUUCUAGACUAACGCCACCUGCCCGACCCUCCCGUUUCCUUCUAGACUAACGCCACCUGCCCGACCCUCCCGUUUCCUUUUAGACUAACGCCACCUGCCUCACGGCCAUACUGAAGGACAUGUAUUAGCAGGUCACGUCGGGAAAGAGAAAAAAGAAAGAAAGAGAAAUGUCAACGUUGCCUCCUUGCAGCUUGUAUAAUAUUUGUACUUAAUGUUUGUACGGAAAACGCAAGAAAAUUAUAAUCGCUGAGAUGCUAAGAAGUGAAUAAAAAAAAAGAGAAACCAU